AUGGACACGAAGCAUGAGUGUGUUGACAUUUGGAAAUUCACCAAUUGCCUCUGGAUUGUGGCUGAGACAGAGCUGUCCCCUGUCAGUGUCCUGGAGGUAAAGAUAAGAGCCUGGGCCUGCUGUGUAGGAGGCUUGUCCAGGGACAGGGAAUCAGAUGGUGUGUCCUGGCAUCACCAGUCCAGACUGCCAGCUCCAGUUAGUUCAGAGGGUCUCAGCCCCUGGGGUCUGCCCUUUCCUGGCUCCUUCCGGUUGGGUCCCUUCAGGGCCCUGAAGCCCAAGACCCAGCAUCCAGGGGCCACUACCAGAAGCCUGAUGGCUCCGCUAACUCCAUCAUGGCACAUUUCACAGCAAAGACGUCAGGAAAUAACACAAAUUAAGAAGUGGCUGAAGAUGCUCAGAGACUGACAAAAAUACAGGAACAGCGAGAAGCUGUCUCAAAGAGUGUAGAAAGGCAUUCCCCUGGAGGUACGGGCCCGGGCAUGGUCACUCUUGCUAGACAUGGACAAAGUCAAGGCUGAGAACCCAGGGAAAUAUAGGGUCAUGAAGGAGAAGGGCAAGAGUUCCUCCAGGAUCAUCAGCUGCAUCAAGCUAGAUGUCAACCACACCCUCCAGAAGAUGUUCAUAGAAGGACUCGGGGUCAAGCAGCAGGAAUUAUGUGCCAUUCUCGUGGCCUACUCUGCCUAUAACCCUGAGAUGUGCUACCACAGGGACCUGAGCCGCAUCACCGCAAUCCUCCUCCUGUAUCUGCCCAAGGAGGAUGCAUUCUGGGUGCUGACCCAGCUGCUGGUCACAUUCUACAGCCCAAAUACAGCCCUGCUGCAGAAGCUCCUAUCGCACCAGGAGCAGGUGUUGCACAAGUCCUUCCCCAAGAUCAUGAGACACCUGCACCUCUGCUCCUUUCUUCAUGGCAAGGAAGGGCUGUACAUUGAGGGUUCCAUGCUGACGAGGCUCCUCCAGUGUUUUGUUGACGGGAAAUCCACAGUCACCCUGCGACUGUGGGAUGUGCUCAUCUUGAAGGGCGAGCGGGUACUGGCAGCAUCAUUCAAAAUACACAGGAAGCACCUCAAGCUUUCCUGGAACACCAUCCGGGAAGUUCAGGAGCAGCUCUCUCAGAGCUGGGCCCUGGAGGACAACGCCAUGCUCAGGAGCCUUCAAGCCUCCAUGAAGGAACUCACAAGGACACACUGGGACCUGCCACCCCCAGGGAGCUAGCUACCAAACGCACAUUGCUAUACCACAGCCUGGGUCUUGCAAUGCAAGCCUGGCAAUGAUUCCUUCAUGUCAAGGGCCUCAGGUGACUUUCAUGUACACCCAAGGACGAGUCCUAGAUGACACCUUCCUGCUCAAAAAAGAAGGAACGAGGGUCAAGAAAUAGCGAGCCAGUCACGGAGAAGGAUAAGAUGUGAGUGUGUGGCCUUCCUGACACCCAGGCAAGACUUUGGGCACAAAGCUGGGCUGCAGCUCUGGCCACUGACUUGGACCAGGGAUGCCCCCAUGCAGGCCGGUCUGCCCUGGCUUCUCUUCUCUCUCCCGCCAUCCUCUCUUCCACUGUCUGUGUUAGGAAGGGAGAAACUGCCGGUUUUCAGAAGAAAACGUAGCUUUGUUAUGACAUAGGAAAGACUGCAAGUUAUUAGGGGAGGAGUAGUCAAACAGCUCCUGAAAAUGAGGGGGAAAGUAGGUGUAAAUAUGCUGGUAAUAAAGCCUGAAACCAUAGCACAGUGAUUAGAAUGUUGU